CCGCCCCCGCCAUGGAUCUGCACCUGUUCGACUACGCGGAGCAGGGGAACUUCUCCGACGUCAGCUGGCCCUGCAACAGCAGCGACUGCAUCGCGGUGGACACGGUGCUGUGUCCCAGCAUGCCCAGCAAGGGCGUGCUGCUGUACACGCUGGCCUUCGUCUACAUCUUCAUCUUCGUCAUCGGCAUGGUGGCCAACUCCGUGGUGGUCUGGGUCAACGUCCAGGCCAAGACCACGGGCUACGACACGCACUGCUACAUCCUCAACCUGGCCAUCGCCGACCUGUGGGUGGUGGUCACCGUCCCGGUCUGGGUGGUCAGCCUCGUGCAGCAUAGCCAGUGGCCCAUGGGGGAGCUCACGUGCAAGGUCACCCACCUCAUCUUCUCCGUCAACCUCUUCGGCAGCAUCUUCUUCCUCACCUGCAUGAGCGUGGACCGCUACCUCUCGGUCGCCCGCUUCGCCCACGCCCCCGGCCACCGCAAGAAGACGGCCCGCCGCGUGGUCUGCGUGCUGGUGUGGCUGCUGGCCUUCGGCCUGUCCCUGCCCGACACCUACUACCUGAAGACCGUCACGUCGGCCGCCGGCAACGAGACGUACUGCCGCUCCUUCUACCCGGAGCACAGCGCCCGGGAGUGGCUGGUGGGCAUGGAGCUGCUCUCCGUGGUCCUGGGCUUCGCCGUCCCCUUCUCCGUCAUCGCCGUCUUCUACUUCCUGCUGGCCCGGGCCCUGCCGGCGUCCGGCGACCCGGAGAAGCAGGGCAGCCGCAGGAUCAUCUUCGCCUACGUGGUGGUCUUCCUGCUGUGCUGGCUGCCCUACCACGUGGUGGUGCUGCUGGACGUCUUCUCCGUCCUGCACUACAUCUCCUUCACCUGCCAGCUGGAGACGUUCCUCUUCACGGCGCUGCACGUCACGCAGUGCCUGUCGCUGGUGCACUGCUGCGUCAACCCCGUGCUGUAUAGCUUCAUCAACCGCAACUACAGGUACGAGCUGAUGAAGGCCUUCAUCUUCAAGUACUCGGCCAAGACGGGCCUCGCCAAGCUCAUGGACGCCUCCGUGGCGGAGAUGGAGUACUCCGCCUUGGAGCAGACUCCCAAGUGACGCCCGUCUCCGCGCCCGCGUCUGAGGGAGGCGGAGCCGCGGGCCUGGCUGGCG